AUGUCUCGUGAUGAAGAUAUCAACAUGUUACACAUACUACAACAGACGCUUGACUUGUGUGUAUGUUGUAAUCAGUGCUGUAAAGGAAGGACCGAGAUUUCCUUUGAUCUUGUGACUCAUUCCCAUCAGUGCUCUAAAAACAUUCUAUUAGCCAGAGACAAAGGUGGUAAUAACCAAUGGAAGCAAGUGGUCUCACCACCAAAAUUCCCAAAACCUUCGACCUAUGCAGUUUGCUGGUUUUAUGCUGAGGGAAGGGGUUGCAAAAUGCAUGAAGAUAAAUGCACCUUUGCCAGAAGUAAUGAAGAAGCUGCAGUGUGGAAUUUCAUUAAGAAGGAAUGCAUUGAUCUUAGUCAGCUAAUCAGUUUAGUAAACAAUAAUGCCACAACUCCAGUUCAGCAGGAAACAUUAGGAUGUCAUUUAGUACUGAAAAGAUUUUUUUCUAGAUUCCAGGGAACAUUUGUUGAACUCUGUAAAGCCUGUUUUCAUGACAGUCCUCAAAAAAUUUCAAUGAAAGUGUCAGACACAUGUGCAUCUGGACAUAGCUGGCGUCCUGUUCUCAUAUUUUGCCAUAAAGACGAGCAGACAAAAGUCUAUAAUGAGAUCAGGCCCAUCCCAAAGCGCAAUGUCCGACAAUGGAAGCUCUGUAGAUAUGUAAACAAGGGAGAGCCAUGCUGGCAUGGUGCUCAUCGAUGCUGGUUUGCCCAUAGUGAAAUAGAGAUUGCUGUGUGGAUGUCAGAGAGUAGUGGAAGUGUGAAUCGCCCAGCUUUGCUUCGUGCUUCCCAGAUGCUGCAGACACAGGCAUCUGCGGCUAACUCAGGUGCGGCAUUGCAAGAGCAAAAACAGCAGCACUACUGUCAUGUUUGUAGAUGUCAGUUCUCAGGACAUGAAGACUUUAUGAAUCACUGCUUCAGUGCAAAACACAGGAAAGUGAUCUUUGAAGAUUCAACGUCCACGUGGAGAUUUCGUGACCCACCACCAACAAGCAAGUCUUUUAGGCUGUGUCGAAGAUUGACGACUUGUGAGUAUGGCGAUAGCUGUGUGAAGGCGCACAGUGUGGAAGAACUUCAGGAAUGGAUAGAUCGACACAGAGAUGCACGGAAGAAAGCACGAGCUGCAUCUAUGCAGGGUCUUCUGUCUUACCAGGACUCUCUACUAGAAGAAUACAGGCAAAGUGAAAAGAAAGAAACAAUAGUAUGCAAAGCCUUUUAUUGUUAA